UAUCAUUUGCAUGUUCUAAUCCAAGGCACUGCAUGCCAGAAACCAUAAUGCACUGAUACAUUUCCUGAUAGGAAACGCAAACACCCUGCGAGUCCACCUACAGGCCGCCUCAGCAGCAUUUCCUAGCCCUGCCUUUCUGGCGGUUUGCUCUGUUUUCUGUGCACAGCAGGCCCUGGAGACACCCAGCAAGGCCAGGUUCACGGCUGCCGCCAGCAUUGGGGCUGCUGCGUGACGAUGCUGCUGAAUGACGAUGCCUCUGUGUGAUGGUGCUGCUGCAUGACGGUGCCACUGGCAUCCCCAGCCUGCCCAUUGCAUUGGCAGAGCAGGAGGAGGCAGGGUGCCCGUCUGUGUUGCAUUUACCCCACAUUGGCGAGAUCAAGGACAGCUUCCUGGAGCCAAAUGGCUCCUGCUGGCCUGCUCGGUGUCUGCGGCCUGCUCUGCGCCUGGGCAGCGGCGGUGGCAGGACACCCCUGCAGCCUCGACCUCCAGACACUUUCAAGGGCUUGGAAAGCUUGCACACGCUGCUCCUAAGAAACAACAGUCUGCAAGAGCUGGAGGUCCCAUUCUUCCUGCCGCUGAGAGGUCUUCUCCACCUGGACCUGCGGAGCAAUGCGCUGCUGUCCAUGGAUGCUUUGACGCUGCAGCUGAUGGAGGCUGUCCCUGAGAUCCAGCUGGAUGGGAACCCCUGGGUCUGUGACUGUGCUGCUCACCACUUGCAGCAGUGGCUAAAGCACAGACAAGCCAUGCAGGUCACCUGCGCAUCACCCCCAGAGCUGUGGGGACAGGACAUCGCAGCUCUGGACUCCCAGGACCUGGGCUGCCAAAAAAAGCAGCGGUUUCCUCGGGAUGUCAGCCCGGGGCAGCUGACCACAGCCACCCACAAUGACACCACCACGGUGCCUGUGGGGAAGGGAGGAAGGAGCUGGCCAUACCUCGUGGGCUUCCUGGUGACAGCCAUCAGCAUCUCCAUCCUGGUGGCGCUGGUCGCCAAGUGCAAGCUCUGCCACAAGAACUUUGUCAGCUACCACCACCGGCCACUGCCUGAAACCAGCUCGAUAGGAGGCAACCCCUUGGAGGAGGGCCUGGGCUGGGACAGGGGCUCCUCAGGCUGGGGUGACGGCGAGAGCCACCCCAUACCCAGUGUCACUGGCCUGCAAGCUGAGGAUGACGACGGCUUCAUCGAGGACAACUACAUCCAGCCCAGCGAGCAGAUGCAGGAGGAGGAGGAGGAGGAGGAGGAGAGGGAGUCACACCUCUCCGUCUGAGGCGGCAGCCCCUCUCCAUCCCCAUGCCCCCAUCUCCUUCCUGCCUUUUCCACUCGCCCUUGGCUUUUGUCCCCAUGUGGAGGGGAGCAGGAGGGAAGGAGUGGGGAGAAGGGGUCCCUGUGCCCCAGUGUGAUGCCAGGGGGGCUGCAGCGGUUUGGAGACACCAGGCGCACUGCUGCCCUCCCAGUCCUGCUCGGGUGCUGAGGAGGAGCAGGACGGUGCUGGUCGCAGCUGGAUGAGGAGGAUUAAAAUGUGAUUAAAGAAUGAUUCAACACUG